AUGGAUGUCAAGCAAUUCUUCAAACCUUUGACCUUUCAAUUCGGGAGCAAGUGGUGGAUUGCCUCUACAAAGCUGCAGAUUCCUCCAGAGGGCUACUUGAUCAUAAAUAAUAAGGACAAUGUGUGCUUGGGUAUUCUUGAUGGAAGCAAAGUACAUGAUGGAUCUACUACUAUACUUGGAGACAUCUCCUUGCGUGGACUAUUGGUUGUAUAUGACAACGUGAACCAUAAAGUUGGGUGGGUGCAAUCGGACUGUAUCAAGCCACGGAGGGUCAGGAGUUUUCCAUUUUUCGAGGCAUGA